AUGACAUUCAGAUGCGGAAUAAUUGAAGAAAGUCCCCAAAAAAACCCCGAACCCAAAAGUAUUCUCGAUUUGCUCGCCAUAGCAAAGGAUGAAAGGAAAAGCUCGUGCAGAGAGCUCAAUUCCAGAUCUGGAAGUAGCGGAGGAAUGGAAGAGGAAGAAGACGCCUUCGGACGGACAGGGACAACGACACUACCACGCAACAACUCGCCAUCAUUGCCGCCUAGACAGCCUGCUACAGCUCCUCCCCCCGACUCCGGCGUUGAACCAGAUCCGGCCGCCGCCUCUAUUCUCUUUCCAUCCUUGCGAUCAGCACCCUAA